GCCGACGACUCAACCAGAACUUCACAACUCAUUGUAUUUCCAAGGCUUCUUGCUUCGGUCUGGUAUCUGAAUCUACCGACCAAUUUCUCCCUCUCUCCGUUGAAUUCAGCUGCAGAAUUUUCAUUGAGAGGUGAGAGAAUGUCUAGCGGGGGUACACAGAAGAGCCUGAGGAAGGCACUUGGAGCCUUGAAGGAUACCACCACUGUCUCAUUGGCUAAAGUCAACAGUGACUACAAGGAAUUGGACAUUGCUAUAGUUAAGGCCACAAAUCAUCAUGAACGCCCUGCAAAGGAAAGACACAUUAGGGCUAUUUUUGCUGCCAUUUCAGCUACAAGGCCUCGGGCUGAUGUUGCAUAUUGCAUCCAUGCCCUUGCCAGACGAUUAUCCAGGACACAUAAUUGGGCGGUUGCUUUGAAAACUUUAAUUGUCAUUCAUCGUGCUUUGAGAGAAGUGGACCCUACUUUUCAUGAAGAACUCAUUAAUUAUGGCAGAAGCAGAAACCAUAUGCUUAACAUGGCUCAUUUCAAGGAUGAUUCUAGCCCAAAUGCAUGGGAUUAUUCUGCCUGGGUUCGCACCUAUGCAUUAUUUUUAGAGGAGAGACUGGAAUGUUUUCGUGUCUUGAAGUAUGAUGUGGAGAUCGAUCGUCCAAGAACAAAAGAAUUGGAUACUGCUGAGUUACUUGAGCAGUUGCCAGCUUUGCAACAGCUUCUUUUUCGUGUGCUAGGUUGCCAGCCACAAGGUGCCUCUGCCCAUAAUUUUGUGAUACAGUUAGCACUUUCAAUGGUUGCAUCUGAAAGUGUUAAAAUCUAUCAAGCUAUAAGUGAUGGUACUGUUAAUCUGAUUGACAAGUUCUUUGAGAUGAAACGCUCUGAUGCUACGAAGGCCCUGGAUAUAUACAGGAGGGCUGGGCAGCAGGCAGAGAGAUUAUCAGAGUUUUAUGAAGUCUGUAAAAGUAUUGAUCUUGGACAUGGAGAGAAGUUUAUCAAGAUAGAGCAGCCCCCUGCAUCAUUUCUACAAGCAAUGGAAGAGUAUGUAAGAGAGGCUCCUCGGGCUUCAACAGUUAGAAAGGAUCAGGUAAGUGAUAAUAACGUUCCUGCCCCCAAGGAAGUUUUGGCCAUUGAGUACACAAAGACACCAGAGAUAGAGGCAGCACAUUCACCAUCACCUCCUCUGCCUGAACCGGAGAAAGUGGAAGUGACACCUCAACCUGUUGUUGAACCACCUGAUUUGUUGGCUUUGGAUGAUCCUGCUCCUGUUGCAUCAGAAUUAGAUGAGAAGAAUGCGUUGGCUUUGGCAAUUGUUCCUAUUGCUGAGCAAACUCCUGCUGCUCCAGUUCAAGCAAAUGGAACCUCUGGCUGGGAAUUAGCACUUGUUACUGCUCCAAGCUCAAAUGACAGUGCAGCUGCUGCCAGCAAACUGGCGGGAGGGCUAGACAAGCUUACAUUAGACAGCCUUUACGAUGAUGCAAUCAGAAGAAACAAUCAACAAGCAACUUACAAUCCCUGGGAACCAGCCCCAAUGCCUGGUGCCAUGAUGCAACAGCCAGUCCACGACCCCUUCUAUGCCUCCAACAUGGUUGCAACUCCGCCUAUGGUCCAGAUGGCAGCAAUGGCCAAUCAGCAGCAGGCCUUCAUGUUGCAGCAGCAGCAUAUGAUGAUGGUCCCUCAACAACAGUCUGGAAAUCCUUUUGGCAACCCAUAUGGCGCCACUGCGCAUCCCUACAGCUCAGGUAUGCCUGUUCAAGCAUACAACCCAUAUGCAGGCCUUAUAUAGAAGAAUAAGCCAAACCUGGGAAUUGUCGGCUGAUGGUCUCGAGGAUGAAAAACGGUUUAAUAGAAAAUUGUGUACCAUAUGUUGUGAAUGUGCAUUAGUUGGAUUGAUAUUCUUUGCUUAAUAAUUAGUGAGAGAGAGAAAGAGAGAGGGCAUUGGAUUAUUUGAUUAUUUAUGUUGAUUAGAGUUGGUAAUAAUGUUUCCUAGACUAUGUUAAUUUUUCAAAGCCCAUUUUGGGACUGUCGAGUUGUAGAUGAUAGAAAUUAUUUGUAAAUCUGAACUUUUGCUACCACAAACAAUGAGGAUAGAUUUGAGUUUGACUUUUCUUAAGAUGUCCUUUUUCUUUACCUCA